AUGAAGCUAAUGCUUGGCAAGAAUGCCAUGUACAUCAGGCUUCUCAGGAACGUCUUCUGCUUCUGCCUAGUCGCCGCCGACACCACCUCCCUUCGAUUCAUUAGAUGGAAGCUGUGGAAGAUGAAGCAGAUCAUUAGUAGCAUGGCGAUCAUUGGAGAUAUGUUGCACGACGCGUUGUGGAUGCCACAGAUCGCAUGGCGGAUGAUCCCAAUUCUAGAGAUGACGUCGUCGGAAUCAUUCGAAAGCGUCUCGACCCACCUGAAGGAUCUUAUCGAAGCUCUCCUCCUGAUCGGCAAUGUUGAAUUUGAGUGA